AUGCUGCGGCCCUUCUAUGGAAGCUUAAUCCAACCUUGCCCACGUUUCUUAAAGGAGUCAUUCUUCUUCUCCCUCCUCCCUCCCCUCCUCGUUCCAAAGCCAGGAGUAUACCUGGUGCUUCCCCCCAAACUCACGUGUUGCGUUUUUUGGACCACGACGACGACGAUAACGACGACACUCGUUUCCCGCUUAGAGUGGACGCAUUGGUUUGGCUGCUGUGUCGUUGUCCUUGUCGUCACUGUCGUCGCUACCGCCGCCACUGUCGACGCCAUCGCCGCCACCAUCGCCAACGACCAACAACAACCACCGGCCCGCUAG